GAGAACCAGUCAGUGUCACCAGUACCAUGCCAGUGGAGAGUAUGAAGUGCGCGUGAAAGCAGGUUCAGCAAGCAAUACGUGAGGCAAAAUUUUGACUAAGUUUUUUCACCUUCUUUCUCUACUAUCGUCUCGGUUUUUCAUCUAUCCACUUUGGAUUUUUGCAUUUGGACAAACGGGAGCAUUUAAAAGUGAUUGUUGACUCAUCGUUGAUGAGCUAAAUAGAUCCUCGAUUUCGAACGGAUGUUAUAAUUCCUGACAAAAUACUGUAGUUAUGUGGAAAGUAUUCCGAGAGGUGUUAUUGGGGAAACAAUGAAAAAGGAAGUGUCUCCGAUUGUAAUUUGAAAGUAGUUUAUCUGAAAUAGUUGGACCCGCAAACCCCCGCAAACAGUGCUUUACUUUUCUUGUGAGGAAAAAAUGGAUUGCGAUUCGGAUUUUCCAUGACGGAUGUGUAGCAACACGCACCAUUCCGAGGGAGAGCGGAUGGAAGGAAAAAUAACGAUUUGGGAGUGGAGAAUUAUUGGACGAUAUGAUUGAAAUUCUAUAGACUUCAUUGAACAGAAAUAGUUCGGUGUGACAAGAAGACAAUGGUAACGAUGACCACGGAGAUUGAUAAAGAUAAGGCAGUUUCUCUUAGUGUGGCAAAGAAAAUGGCAUCCACGGAUAAGGACAAGGAAAAAGAUCGGGAAAAGGAAAAGGACAAAGAAAAAGACGGAAAUGUGAUUACUACUGUGACUACUAAUAACAGCAAGCCAGGAAUGAGUGGAAUUAGUACUACUAGUGGGAUUCCCAGUGGCAGUCGAACUAGUCAGUCGCAUAGUUCACAAACGACCAUGAAUCAGGAUGCGCCAAAUAUUUUAGUAUAUAAGAAGAUGGAGGCAAUAGUGGAGCGCAUGCAAAGCGAGGAGGGUGGCGUUUCGGUGCGCACCAUCAAAGCAUUUAUGAGUAAAGUACCGUCCGUUUUCACAGGUGCCGAUUUAAUAGCAUGGAUCAUGAAAAACUUAAGCAUCGACGAUGUGGCUGAAGCGUUGCAUAUAGCGCACCUUCUGGCAUCCCAUGGAUAUUUGUUUCCUAUCGAUGAUCACCAGUUGACGGUGAAGAAUGAUGGGACAUUCUACCGUUUUCAAACACCGUACUUUUGGCCUUCGAAUUGUUGGGAACCGGAAAAUACAGACUAUGCGGUGUAUCUUUGCAAGCGAACGAUGCAGAACAAAACGCGUCUGGAACUUGCGGACUACGAGGCAGAAAAUUUAGCCAAGCUACAGAAAAUGUUCUCCCGGAAGUGGGAAUUUAUCUUUAUGCAAGCAGAAGCACAAAGCAAGGUGGACAAAAAGCGUGAUAAACUGGAGCGGAAGGUGUUGGACUCGCAGGAACGUGCAUUCUGGGAUGUACACCGUCCGAUGCCAGGUUGUGUCAACACCACCGAGGUCGAUAUUAAAAAGGCAUACCGUCGAGGGGCCUCCACCCAUGGGUCCGGUUCGUCCGGGGCUGCCGUCAAUAGCAAUCCAAUCGAGCAACUCACUAGACAAAUUAAACUCUUGAAACUCAAGUUAGAACGUAGAACUAUAAAGAUCUCCAAAGUAGCCGAAUCUUAUAUAUCAUAUUUCGAACAGUAUCAUGAAUAUGAUUACUUUCUCACAACACCUGAUCAGCCAAAUCCAUGGAUAACCGACAAUAUUGAAAUGUGGGAUGCAGAUCGCACUGCCAAAGACGUAUCUUUGAAACGUGUCAAACGAUGGGGCUUCAGCUUACGGGAGCUUUUGAUCGAUCCGGUUGGUCGGGAUCAGUUUUCCAAAUUUCUGGACAAAGAAUUUAGUGGCGAAAAUCUUAAAUUCUGGGAGUCCGUUCAAAGCAUGAAAGCACAACCACAGUCGAAGGUAAAAGAGGCAGCACACGCCAUAUACCUGGAAUUCUUAGCUCCUGAUGCACCUUGUCCGGUAAAUGUUGACUCGAAAUCAAUGGAGUUGGCACGCGAAGCGGUAGGUAGCUCUGCACCUCCCAAUCGGUGGUGCUUCGAUGUAGCCGCCGCCCAUGUUUAUCAUCUGAUGAAAAGUGACUCCUAUUCGCGAUAUCUUCGAUCCGACAUGUACAAAGAAUACUUGAGCGGGUCCAAGAAGAAAAAUAAAUCGAUACCGAAUUUGUUCGGCGUAAAACGUUAGACAUUGUUAUUGAUCGUUCGGAAUUGGAAACGUUAACGGAAUGAAGAUAGUUGUCUAUGCUGGACCCAACGAUUAAUUCGAUCGAACGAACCUUUGUAAUAAGGUUAUACUAGACGGAAGACCUUUGACGUGCGUCGGAAGUCUUGUUUCCGAUAAGCAGUCAAGACAUUGUGCGAAAUCAAAACCAAGUCAAGGAAGCAUAAGGAAUUGUUUAAUAUACUACAAACAUUAGUGUGAUUGAUCAGAGUCUCUGCUCUGGAAUGAAGCAAGCAUGAGUAUUAAGAUUUAUUCACUAUACUGUUAUUCAUAAAAAGCCAUGAACACGGACAAAAGCGAGGAUAUUCUGCAGAAAUAGACGAUCCAAUGAAUUUUAGGUAUAUUAUUAAGAAUCUUAAAGAAUAUAUACUAAUAUAUAGACGACAAAUUGUCACAACAGAUAAAA